GCGCCCCGUCCGCUGCAGUGCGCAGGCGAGGGAGUUAACGCACGUUUUGAUUCUCCUGGCGUCUCCUGCCCGCCCAGUGGCCGCAGUCACCCAGGUCCAGAGGCCGCGGUAUCACAGGUUCUCCGACAUGUCUAUGCUGGCUGAGCGUCGGCGGAAGCAGAAGUGGGCUGUGGAUCCUCAGAACACUGCCUGGAGUAAUGACGAUUCCAAGUUUGGCCAGCGGAUGCUAGAGAAGAUGGGGUGGUCUAAAGGAAAGGGUUUAGGGGCUCAGGAGCAAGGAGCCACAGAUCAUAUUAAAGUUCAAGUGAAAAAUAACCACCUGGGACUCGGAGCUACCAUCAAUAAUGAAGACAACUGGAUUGCCCAUCAGGAUGAUUUUAACCAGCUUCUGGCCGAACUGAACACUUGCCAUGGGCAGGAAACCACAGAUUCCUCAGACAAGAAAGAAAAGAAAUCUUUUAGCCUUGAGGAAAAGUCCAAAAUCUCCAAAAACCGUGUUCACUAUAUGAAAUUCACAAAAGGGAAGGAUCUGUCAUCUCGGAGCAAAACAGAUCUUGACUGCAUUUUUGGGAAAAGACAGAGCAAGAAGACUCCCGAGGGCGAUGCCAGUCCCUCCACUCCAGAUGAGAACGAAACCACGACAACCAGCGCCUUCACCAUCCAGGAGUACUUUGCCAAGCGGAUGGAAGCCCUGAAGAACAAGCCCCAGGUUCCAGUUCCAGGGUCUGACAUUUCCGAGACGCAGGUGGAACGUAAAAGGGGGAAGAAAAGAAACAAAGAGGCCACAGGUAAAGAUGUGGAAGGUUACCCCCAGCCUAAGGCCAAGAGGCACACGGAGGGAAAGCCUGAGAGGGCCGAGGCCCAGGAGCGAGUGGCCAAGAAGAAGAGUGCGCCAGCAGAAGAGCAGCUCAGAGGCCCCUGCUGGGACCAGAGUUCCGAGGCCUCUGCUGAGGAUGCAGGGAACCGUGUGCAGCCGCCUGAGGGCCGGGACUUCACCCUGAAGCCCAAAAAGAGGAGAGGGAAGAAAAACCUGCAAAAACCAGUAGAGAUAGCAGAGGACACUACGCUAGAAGAAACGCUAGUGAAAAAGAAGAAGAAAGAUUCCAAAUGAAUCCUUCCCAGCUGGGGCCUUCCGACCACUAAGCUGUCAGGGCGCUGCGGGGGCAGACACCUCUGGCCUGAAGUCAGAGCAGAGUUCACCCCAGAGCGCCUGGACGCAUCUUGUGACAUGCCCAUGGGCUGCCGAGUCCUGCCCUGUCGCCACAUUUCCCCCAAGUUACAUUCCCAGGAGGACCUUUUUAAUGUUCUAAAUCGUGGCUCUCAGACACAAAUAAAUUUUUUUGUAAACUCUGAGCCCUUCGGCAAGAGAGUUUAAUUAUAAUCAUUACAAAUACAUGCAUUCGUGUAAGUGUACACACGUGUGUGUGCAUGCGUGCGUCUAUUUGUGUGUGUGUGUGUGUGUGUGUGUGUGUGUGUGUGUGUGUGUCACUACCUCCAUUUGCUCUGGGUUCCCCUCAGUAACAAUGAAUGGUGCUUUCUUCUGAAAGACUCAGCCUAAUUAAAGGAUUAAGAGGCAA